AUCAGUACGUUGUGAUUUUUCAUCCAUUCGACACAACUUUAUCUGAUUUCAAAAACAUCCGAGCUCACCUAGCAGACAUGAAAAUGUUCUAAGAAUGCCCGAUGAUCCAAAACCACUAUGGUUCUCUAUUUUGAGAUUCCUGUUAUCCUAUAGGUUUACACCCAAGUUGAAGAAACUGGGACUGGGUUUAUUUUUCGGACUCAUCUUUGAUUAUAUUACUAACGUUGGACUUACAACAACAAUCUGGUAAACAUGAUGUCAGGGCUGUGUAGAUCCAGUUUUAAGCUUGGUUCAAAGUUUUUGAUCAACAAUUCCUUUUCAACUUCCACUCACAGACCUGCUUUCCCCCCUAUUCUUCUGGCCUUAUCUAAACCUGUAGCUAAGGUUCUCACAGUUAUUCUCGGUAAAGGAGCACGGACUUGGUGGAAAAAACUUCCAGAUAACAAGAAAUACGUGUUUAAACAGAUAUAUCAGGACAACAGAAAGAAAGUGUAUACAGCAGUUGCAGUUUCUACUCUUGGUCUAGGUUACGCUUAUGAAAGCCAUGUUCAGGAAUGUGCUAUAACUGGUCGAAGAAGAUUUGUUGCACUUACUCCGGAUCAAGCAAAGAGGAUUGGAGAAAAGGAAUUCAGAAGUUUGCUGGUGAUUAAUGAGGGUAAUAUAGUUCCUGAAUCUAACCCUGUUUAUGGAAAGGUUGCUGGUGUAGCAAACCAAAUACUUCAAGCAAACAAGGAUCUUCGGCAAAUAUAUGAUAAAACCUGGACCCUAACUGUUGUUGAUGAUACUUCAGAAAAUGCUUUCGUUCUUCCUUCUGGUAAUAUAUUUGUCCUCACUGGUAUGCUCAAGGCAUGCGAGACUCUUGAUGAGCUUGGGAUAGUACUCUCUCAUGAGAUUGCCCAUGUAGUUCUGGGACACGUUGAAGAGAAACUUACUCUUACAUCCUUCGUCCAGCUCGUCCUUCUGAUUCCAAUGGCGGUACUGUGGGCUUUCCUUCCCAACGACGGUAUUGCCUUGGUGUUUAAUUGGUUUAUGGAUACAGUGGUCGACAUAAUGAUCGAGCUCCCCUUCAGCCGAGACAUGGAAACAGAGGCGGACAGGGUCGGCCUUAUCUUAGCUGCCAAGGCUUGUAUUGAUGUGCGCGAAGCGCCAGUUUUCUGGGGUCGGUUGAAACUACUCAGCGAGGAUCCUUCCUUAGAUAAGGAAAUGGAGUUUUCAUCCACGCACCCUUGUCAUGAAACAAGACAGGAAACUUUAACUAAUCUUCUGAAGGAUGCUCUGCAUAUCAGGCAUAGCUGUGGCUGUACUGUUCUGGAUUAUAACCGUGACCCCAUGAAGAAACUUGCUGCGCUUGCCGCGUUUAUGAACAGUAGAAGAAAUACCUCGUCAAAUUCCCGCAGUUUAACAGAUGUUUUAGUAAAUCAAGAUGGCCGAAUUGUCCAAAAAUAAGAAAGUGUAGGAAAAGUCUAUUUCUCUAUUAAUAAAUAUACAAUAUUUAUUUAGAAUACACAUAUUUUGUAUUGUUAACCAUAUUUUUUGUAUGUUGGAAUAUUUUUUGAAUUCAAGUCUGAUCCAGUUCAAUUGUCGAAACUUCUUGUUAUCUGAUUUUCAGA